AUGGCGAACAUCGCUUUCACUUUCACUGAGGCAGCGUCGCUACUGGAAAAGCUGCGUAACUCCUGCAGAGAAUGGAGGGAGCUUAGUAGCCUCGAGUGCAUUGCAGAUGAGCUCCUGCAUACGCUCUUGGAUGUUCGAGUGUUGGUCAAUGCACAGUGCCCUGUCAAUCGCCUUCCUGUUGAGAUUCUCAGCAAAAUCUUCCACCAAGUACCACCACUGUUGACUCCCGAUCUGCAUUACCGCAGCCUCGAAGAAUUAUUAGUCUGGGAAUCCCUCUUCGAGUUCAAGGACACAAAUGCGCUGCUUCCACUGACGCAUGUGUGUCGUCAGUGGCGCGAUGUGGCAUUGGACACUCCCACUCUUUGGACAACCAUCUACGGCUCCUCUCAUCCUCGUGCCGUUGACGAGUAUCAUUUCCGCUCGCGGAGCGCGCCAUUAAGAGCACUCAACGUUAGAGAAGCUAAAUAUUGCGAUGUUGAAGAUGAAAUUUCCGACGUUGAAGAUGAAAAUCUCGGGGUGGAGAAGCUAUGGCGCACUGACGGACAACACAUUCAGUCGUUCGCAUCGUAUCCAGGAGGGUGGGGUUUGGACUUACCCACUUCAUGUGCCCACGAACUCCAAGCCUUGGCGGCAUGGGACUGCCAGCUUCGAGGCGAUGUUUCUAAUUUUAAGGUGUUUGUCCUACGGGCGGUGGAUUGGCAUCUCCCCAGCUCCCUCACCAAUCUCACGCACCUUUUCCUCUCCAGAAAGCGGUUACACAUUGUAGACUUUUUUCGCAUGUUGUCGAUUGCGCCAAGACUGGAGGACCUGGGUCUAUACGACAUCAGUGCUAAGGACGCACCCGACCCUCAUAGAAAUAUCCCUGCCGUGACCCUCCAGCAUCUUCGCCGUCUCUCCAUCUGUCGUUCAAACAGGAACAUUGUAUCCGGAUUCUUCUCGCACGUCGGUCUCCCUGCGCACUUGGCGGUCAACUUCGAAAGCUGUCAAGUGUCCGACUUUCAAUGGCUGGUCCCUCUGGCCCCGAACGACGCAGAGGCUUUGUACAUUUCUUCCCACCCGUACUCGGUAUUUGUAGCUGGCCUUUCGAAAGCGAUACGCUUGAAUUGUGACAACGACCUGGGAGUAAUGAUCCAAUGGAUAACAAUCAAAAUCGCGGGCGACAAUAGGCCAAGAUCGGGAGGAAGACAUUCGACGUUUUCACAGGACCUAAAGAAAAUCAAACGAGACCUAAAAACAAUUCAAUCACAUGUGGGAGUGGUGUGGCUUAUCGAAGAUGAUCCAAUCGCGCUUCCGCUGCCAGAUGUGUGCACCGAUGGUGUUCCCUCGCCGUAUUUCUGGCCGAAGAAGUGGAGUGAGUUGUAUUCUCGAGUCGGCAAUGUGAUGAGUUGUAUGGUUUGUAGAGACGGAGGUGAGGCGACCCAUGAGCACGGAGCAAACUCUUUAGUGACUGACGCCCAAUUUGAUCAUACAACUGCAGUCGAACGUGGUCUGAGGAAAUUACAGAGCGAAAUGGACAUCCUCAGCUCCUUGUUCGCGCAUUACGUUGAACCCUGUUGA